CCGGCCCGUUAUGAUGCAUAUCAGAAUGCCAAGGAAGCGGAUAAGAAAAGGUUUUUGUGGGAUUCAGAUGUGAUAUCAAUGAUUACGGGAAUUGACAAUCAAUUUCUGGCAUCGUGGAAGGGAGUAGACACUGUAUAUUGGUGCCAGAACUACCUUCAAGCGCAUUGGUUUGCAGUUGAAGCCUCCAUUUCUACUUGGACUCUGAAUGUUUAUGAUUCGGACGUGACAGUGAUAAGUGAUAAACAACUGCAAUCUUUUAUGAAGUCAUGGUCUACUUUGUUCCCAUCGUUGUUAUUGCAGUCACAACUUUUCAAGGACGACCCUCGGUUGACGAUUCCACCUGGAGCUAAAAGAUGCAAAGAGUUCAAUGUGCACCGCAUGCCAGUUGAUUCAGUACCCCAAACCAAAGUCAGUGGAGAUUGUGGUGUGUACGCCAUCAAGCACAUCGAACACUUAUUGGGUAGGCUACCACUUGACACGAUUUGCGAUGACAACAUGGAGUUGUUCAGAAACAAAUGGACAGUUGACUUAUGGUAUCAGAAUGUUAGACAUUGAACAUUCUCAUGUUAUAUUUAUUUGCUUAAAAUGUAGAUUUUUAAGAAAUUUUUUUGAGUCGAGUAUCUUUUUAUUAA